AUGGACUUUGUUGUUGGGUUGCCCAAGACUCAGGCUGAUGUUGACUCUAUUUGGGUCAUUGUGGAUAGUUUGACCAAGUUUUCCCAUUUUCUUCCAGUGAAGGGAGCUUUUGGCACUCAGUUGAGGCUGAGUACCGCCUAUGACCCUCAGAAUGAUAGACAGACUGAGCGGACCAUCCAGACAUUAGAAGGCAUCCUGGGUCUGGCUCCUUACGAGGAAUUGUAUGGCAAGAGAUGUCAGACUCCUACUUAUUGGUCAGAGGUUGGAGAUCUGGAGUUGUUUGGUCUGGACUUUGUCCAAGAUACUACCCAGCAGAUCUUAAAGAUUAGAGAAAAGUUGAAGCAAGCACAUAUUUGGCAAAAAAGUUACUACGAUAAUAAGCAUCGACCCCUUGAGUUCAACGAGGGUGAAUAUGUAUUUGUGAAACUUUCACCGAAACUUGGUAGGGUAGGACCUAUAACCUACCGGCUUGCCUUGCCUCCGAACUUGGCCGACAUCCAUGAUAUGUUUCAUGAAUCUCUACUCCGGAGGUACAUAGCUUAUGCAUCUCACAUUGUACAACUUGAUGAUGUAGAAGUACGGGAGAACCUUAAGACUCCCGUAGGACCACUCAAGAUUCUUGAUCAUAGUGAGAAGAAGCUGAGGAACAAGACCAUUGCUAUAGUCAAGGUACAAUGGGAAUACAGAACGCCUGAAGAGUGCACUUGGGAGCGGGACGACGAGCUUCUCUGA